AUGCAAUCCUUUCAUCUCAAAGGAAUGUUUCUUUUAUCUCUUUUAAUCAUCUCUAUUCUUCAUCGCACAAACAGUGAACAAUUGACUGCUAACAAUCACGUGUUUUUGUUCGAUCCUCCAAGUUUAACUGUAGCUGUUGACCACAAUACUACAGCUACGAUUCAAUUAGUAUCUGAACAAGAUGAACCAGUCAACGUUUCAUUCGUUUACGGACUUGAUCGAAGUCCAUCAACAGAUUACAUUCAACCGUUGAAACCGGUUCAUUUUCCACGGCAUUUAGCUCCUAUGCAAAUUGUUUUACAAAUCUCGGGUCGUCGUCCCGGUCAUUUGAUUGUUGGUUGUAAUGCGACACCCAGUCUGAAUAAUAAUCUAACUGAACGAGAUUUUCUUCGCAUUAACAUUGCACGAAGUACAAAAUUGAAUCGUUUGAUUAAUAUUGUUGGUUGGCUUUAUUUUGCUGCUUGGUCUUGCUCGUUUUAUCCACAAAUUGUUUUGAACAUACGGCGGCAAAGCGUUGUGGGUUUGCAUUUCGACUUCUUAGCUUUUAAUCUAUUGGGAUUCUUCUGUUAUUCAAUUUAUAAUAUUGCAUUGUAUUCAUGGCGGGAUGUUCAGGAUAGUUAUCGAAAGUCACAUCCACAUGGUGUUAUUCCUGUCUUAGUCAACGAUGUCGUUUUUGGUUUACACGGAUUUAUUGCGACAUUGAUAACCAUUUUUCAAUGUCUUUUCUAUGAUCGUUCAACACAACGUGUUUCGUACAUCACAUCAAUUUUAUUAGUCCUGUCGGUUUUAUUUCUAACUAUAACGACAAUUGUAACUGCUGUUGGUCGAAUGGAUUUACUUUUGCUGAUCUAUUUCUAUUCCUAUGUGAAACUAAUUGCAUCGUGUAUCAAAUACAUUCCACAAGCAGUCAUGAAUCGUCGACGAAGAUCAACGGAGGGUUGGUCCAUUGGGAAUGUUUGGUUAGACUUUCUCGGUGGAAUACUUAGUCUCAUACAAAUGGUUUUAUUAGCAAUUAAUUACAACGAUUGGUCAUCAAUAUUUGGUUCGAUAACUAAAUUGGGUUUGGGAAUUAUUUCCAUGGGAUUCGAUCUGAUAUUUCUUGUUCAACAUUAUAUUCUUUAUAAGAAUACGAAGAAACAGGAACAUGGUUAUCAAGUGUUGGAUAAUAAUGAACAACCAACGAGUUCAAUUCCUACUUAA